AUGCGAGUCACCUCGCAGUCCGUCGUCCCACGCGACAUCACCGAAGAGUUUACAGCCGCUGCGGCAACGCUGAAAACCGGCCAACUCGUGAAAGAUGAAUACUUUACGCUGUUCGAGGCAGUGGGUGCGCUGGAGAUCAUGGACUCCAAAAUGGACAGUGGAUACCUCGGGCCCGGAGAGAACAAUGCGCAGGCCCUGGAGGACGACUACGAUAUCAUGCGGGAGCUGGCUCCGGAGGAGGUGAUUGGGAUUAUGGACGAGUUGCUUUUUCACGAGAUGGCAUGGCACAAGGGCCACCCCCUAUCGCUGACUCUCUUUACGUCUAUCUAUCUGGACAAUCUAUUAUGGCCUGUUCCGAAGUCCCUCAAAGAAGCUCAUUUCGGUCGUCACCAGCCCGGCGGAAGCAAAGCGGACACUGGAUUGGUACAUGGGGUGUUGCGCGCAUAUUGUCUUGCGCUGGUGAAGUGCUGCGAUUUCGUGCAUUCGCGAGUGGCGGCCGAGUACUACUACGAGGAGGAGGACUUCGUUGCACAGCUUUACAACCGCAAUCUGCUCUCGGGGUUCGACACGCAUUACUUCCUCAAUCUAUUGGACCGUGCGAUCUCGUGGAUUAAUGAGCAAGAGAGCGAGGUAGACGAGACUCUGAGGGAAGCGAUCAACUGCCGUCUUACGUUUCGGCGCGACUUUCUUCUCGGGCUGGCUCAAGACAUCGAUAUCCUAGAAACUCGGUCCACCGAUCACUUCGCCUCCUGUCUAUCCAAAUUGGACCCGCUCGCCAACACCAUCUCUCUAGGAAAGCCUGUGCCCGAGGCUUUCAGCUGGAAAAUCCAGCGCAAACUGGCUAGCACCGUGCCCCCUCGUCCGAUGGUGAAAACCAACGCCGACGAUGCGCUGGCGCAUCUGAAACGGUUGUGCCAGGAUGCUAUCGACCUACUGGGGCUUCUUGAUUGCCGGGGGCCGUAUAACUUCAAGGUGGCGAUCUGGACGCUUUUAGCCCGGAAACCUCAACCGUCUGUAUACAUCCGAUCCCUUGUGCAAACGAUCACCGUGAAUAAAACCACCGUCCUCGGAGCGGUCCCGGUGAAGCAGUUCCUCUACGACGAGCUAGGGGAGCUUGUUCUCCCCACCAGCACGUUGCUACAGGCCAGCACAGAUGAGACCGAGAUGCCGACCGACCCCCGGUUCCAGAUCGCCCAGCAUAUGGACGCUUUUGUCAAGCGAUUCGCUCAGCCCUUCGUGGAUACUUUCCGAAGCGCCUGUCUGAACCGCUGCCGCAUCCGCCGAACGGUCUGCCACACCAUCAUUGACUGGGACAAUCUGCAGAUGGAGGCCGAAGACCUCGACGAGCAGCUCCGCACUCUAAGCAACGAGCCUCCCCUGAUGCUCUCCAACGGCGACGCCACCUACUCCUACCCCCUCAGCAGCUGGGCUUACCACCAAAAGCUGAACCAAUUCCGCAUGAUCCUGCAACUCGGCUUCGAGCUCUCCAUCUACUCGCCCGAAGAGCUGCCCGGCAUGUACUGGUACCUGUCGCACAUCUGCUCCACGCACCUGGGCCACAUCGACCGCAUCCGCACCUUCACCGUCAACACCGCCAAGCGCAACCUCACGGGUCUCGCGGGCAAGAAACGCCCCGCCGUGGAGCGCCACGCCGUGCUCCAGAAGUCGCUGCGCCUGCUCGAGCGCCUCACCACGCAGAUCGUCGCCGUCGACGCCUUCGCCAUCGCCCUGCACGCCCUCUACGUGCUGCUCGCCCGCCACAACGUCCUGCCCGCCGCCGCCUCCCCGACGCAGUCGUACUCCCGCGACCGCCUGCGCUACGAGCUGCGCAUGAAACCGUUCAUCCCCAUCACGUUGCCGGAGCUGGUCCCGUUCGAGGAAUACCACCGCGAGGCCCUCCUCGACGGCGACUCGGACGCCACGGUGCUCGAGCGCGCCACCAAGGCCAUCGCCGAGGCGCGCAAGGCCUGGGAAGCCACCCUGGCCAACGGCGCCUUUGUCAAGGACGACGCCACCCCGGCCGAUUCCUCCUCUCAGUCGCAGUCGCAGUCCGGAGCGCGGGCCAUCGAGGAGAACUGGAAGCAAGACGUCAAGGACACGAUGCGGGCGUGCAUCGGCGCCAGCAUCGCCAUCGAGACGGUGAAGAAGGGGUUGGCGGCACGGACCCAACCCCGGGGUGCUGGAGGAGCAGCAGCAGCAGCAGCAGCAGGAGGGGAUCCCUGCGACCCGCUGCGUCUCCACGUGAGCAUCCCCGAGACAGGAUCCAAGACGCGUUGGCAUGAUUGGUGGGUGGUUCCUCAGGUGUCGCCGAUCGUCAGUCCGCGCUGA